AUGAUCGGAUGUGUAACUGCCACAGAUGAUUUUGAAGGGCAGGAAGCGGUCGACUUGGCUUUUGUGAAAGGAGAGACAAUCUUUUUGCAAAAGCUAGUCGAUGAGAACUGGGGCGAGGGACAAAUUGGAAAUGAUCGUCAGGGUAUCUUUCCUUUGACUUUUACGAAUUACGCGGAGCUGCGUGACAUUCCAGUUGAGCAGCGGCCGCCCUCGCCAAACAAGCAGCGCGAUUUCUCCGUCGGGGCGCAAGGAACAAUCGUCAAAAAUGUCAAGCACGGCAAUCUCGAAAUUGGAGAUCUUGUCAAUGUCCUGUCACGUGAUGACGAUGUGUUCUGGGUCGAGGAUAGGAAGAAGAAUAUCAUUCCAGUUCCAUACAACAUGAUUGAGCUCAAAACAGGGCGCAAAUCGACAGAGCCUCCGAAUCUACGCAAUGGAAAUCAACAAAGACAAUCUCCAACGACAAGAGGAUUUCUCGACAAGACAAAGAGCACCUUAGAAAAGAAGCUUAAAAGAGCCUCGUGGUCGCCCGAUAAAUCACCGAUCCUUGAUUUAGGACUCGAAAUCGCAAAUUUUGGGAUCAGAAUGUUUCUGAAAAUAUUUUCAGAAAUUCCUCUUCGCAAAAAGUGUGAAAGUCGUUGGCCUUGA